AUGCUCAAUGUGAACAGCUGUGCUCCAAAAUCAGAAGAAGUUAAAUAUGUGGUUCAUAAAACGCCAUAUCUCGAAUUUUGCACAAAUUGCCAGGAAACCGUGACUACAAAAACCGAGCAAGUAUUUGGAAUGCUGAACUUUGCUCUAUUCAUCACCUGCCUUUUUCUUCCCUGUUUUAUCGUUUGCUUCUGGUGUCGCUGCUUCAUGGAUGUUCACCAUAGAUGUCCCAAUUGCAACAAGUCACUUGGAAAACGAGAUCGAAUUUGA